GAUGAUCUGGGAGUCUCUGGGCAUGUGCAGAGAGGUUUUUUAGAUUGAAGUCCUCCAAGGCAGAAUGGCUGGGUUUUUUUUGCAGGCCUCUGUUUUUAUUUUUUUUUCUGGAGGUGCCAAGGGUUCAUUUUGAGCCCUUCUCUUUUUUUUCCCCAUGGAAAACGGGCCCCGAUCAGUUAAUUAGGAAGCCUUCGUGCAAAAUGUGUUGGUCUUCCAGUUGUGGGUGUGUAGAAGCUGAGAGGGGGGCUGUCCUGUGUCUCUGAGCAUGUGGGGAGGUUUUUUUCCCCUCCUAGUUUUGCUUUGAGACACAAAUGACAGCAGUAUUUCUUAGCCUCAGCAGCUUUAAGACGGGUGGACUUCAACUCCCAGAAUUCCCCAGCUGACAUGGUCGGCUGGGGAAUUCAGGGAACUGAAGUGCACCUAUCUUAAAAUAUGCUGGCUGGUGAAUUAUGGGAGCUGAAGUCCACCCAUCUUAAAUCAUGUUGGUUAAGAAAUUAUGGGAGUUGAAAUCCAUACAAUUAAAUCAUGCUGACUGGGGAAUUCUGGGAGUUGAAGUCCACCCACCUUACAGUUGCCAAGCUUCAAAACAGAAAGUAGAGCAGAAGUGGGAAACUGUUGUUGACUGAUGGGUUUUACUGUGGUGCUCUUGGUGUAUUUAUAUUAAACAUAUCAUAAAGGUGUCAGAAUGCUAAAUAUUAAACCUUCCUCUGCUUGUGUCUUCUAGAGGAUGAAAUGCCAAUAAAAUCCUGUGCGGUUGCAAAGUGAGGAUCUCAUUUCUUCCCUGUGCCCUCCAUCCCCUUCCAGAUCCUGGGUGCCCAUUCAGGUUAGAACUAGCUUGGAGGGAUCAGCAAGUCUCUUACUCCAGGUUUACUCCUCCAUCAGAACCCCUCUGUUUCCUGCUGAAGACAGAGCAGGCAUCCCACCCUACUUGCCUGACGGAGGAAAGGAAAGUGUAUACUGAGCAGGUGGUGCCAACUCCUAGAAAAAUUUCCACCUUCUCAAUGAGCUUGUGGUUGCUGUAGAACUGGGAUCCGGCUGCUUUAAUUGACCGGCAAGAGCUAUGGAAUUCUCCGAGCUUCCCAAGAUUGGAGAUGCCGAAAAGGAGAGCGAAUUGGGAUUUGUCCAUGGCGUCUCUGGGCCUGUGGUGAUUGCCUGCAAGAUGGCGGGGGCAGCGAUGUAUGAGCUGGUCCGUGUUGGCCACUUUGAAUUGGUGGGCGAGAUAAUCCGGCUGGAUGGCGAUCUGGCCACCGUCCAAGUGUACGAGGAGACCUCGGGGGUUUGCGUGGGGGACCCUGUGCUGCGAACGGGGAAGCCGCUCUCCGUGGUUCUUGGGCCUGGGAUCAUGGGGUCCAUCUUUGACGGGAUCCAGCGCCCUCUGAAGGACAUCACGGAGCUCACCAAGAGCAUCUACAUUCCCAGGGGAAUCAACAUCUCCGCUUUAUCCCGGGACCUGAAGUGGGACUUUAAGCCGGGUUCCAACAUUCGGGUUGGGAGCCAUUUAACUGGAGGGGACAUUUAUGGGAUGGUGCAUGAAAAUUCCCUCAUCAAGCAUAUGAUCAUGGUGCCACCCCGAAGCCGUGGCACCGUCACUCACAUUGCCCCAGCUGGCAACUACGACAUUUCGGACAUGGUGUUGGAGCUUGACUUCGAGGGUGUCAAGGAGAAAUUGACGAUGAUGCAAGUCUGGCCCGUCCGGCAGAUCCGUCCGGUCUCCGAGAAGCUCCCGGCCAAUCAUCCCCUGCUUACUGGCCAGAGGGUCCUGGAUGCGCUCUUUCCGUGUGUCCAAGGUGGCACCACAGCCAUCCCGGGUGCCUUUGGAUGUGGGAAGACGGUCAUCUCCCAGUCUCUGUCCAAGUACUCCAACAGCGAUGUCAUCAUCUACGUGGGCUGCGGAGAGCGCGGGAACGAGAUGUCGGAGGUGCUCAGGGACUUUCCUGAGCUCACCAUGGAAGUAGAUGGGAAGACGGAGACCAUCAUGAAGAGGACCUCGCUGGUGGCCAAUACAUCCAACAUGCCCGUGGCUGCUCGGGAAGCCUCCAUUUACACCGGAAUCACCCUUUCGGAAUAUUUCCGGGACAUGGGAUACCACGUUAGCAUGAUGGCCGAUUCCACCUCCCGCUGGGCGGAAGCCCUUCGCGAGAUUUCUGGACGUUUGGCUGAAAUGCCUGCAGAUAGUGGGUACCCGGCCUACCUGGGCGCCCGCUUGGCGUCCUUCUAUGAACGGGCCGGCCGGGUCAAGUGCCUGGGGAGUCCCGAGCGAGAGGGUAGCGUCAGCAUCGUUGGCGCGGUGUCCCCUCCUGGCGGGGAUUUCUCAGAUCCAGUGACCUCUGCAACCCUGGGGAUUGUCCAGGUCUUCUGGGGCCUGGAUAAGAAGCUAGCUCAGCGGAAGCAUUUCCCCUCCGUGAACUGGCUGAUCAGCUACAGCAAAUAUACGCGGGCCCUGGACGAGCACUACGAGAGGCUCUUCCCGGAAUUCAUCUCCCUGCGGACGAAGGCCAAGGAGAUCCUGCAGGAGGAGGAGGACCUGGCUGAGAUUGUCCAGCUGGUGGGAAAGGCAUCUCUGGCUGAAACCGACAAGAUCACCCUGGAGGUGGCCAAGCUGAUCAAAGACGACUUUUUGCAGCAAAACGGCUACUCUUCCUACGACAGGUUCUGCCCUUUCUACAAGACAGUGGGCAUGCUGCAGAACAUGAUCGCUUUUUAUGAGCUGGCCCGCCACGCCGUGGAGUCGACAGCCCAAUCUGAGCACAAGAUCACCUGGGCCAUCAUACGAGAGAACCUGGCCGACAUCAUGUACAAGCUCAGCUCCAUGAAGUUCCAGGAUCCAGGAAAGGAUGGCGAGGCCAAGAUAAAGGCCUGCUACGCCCAGCUGAAUGAGGAGAUGCAGAACGCCUUCCGUAACUUGGAGGACUGAUCCUGGGAAAGGUUUCCCGUCAAACCUGCUUCGGAGCUUCUUCUUCCGGGCUGGAUCUUUAAGGAGAUGGUUGACUGCCUUCUGCAACGUUUGGGAGUUUGCACAUUGCUAGCCAAAGUGUUCAAGGCCAAUUGUUCUAUUUUACUGAUGCAGAAUUCCAGGAUUAGCACCUCUUGAAUAAAUCGUUUGAUUUGUU